AUGGGCCUGGGUGGCAAGAAGGCCAAAGCCAAGGAGAAGAAUGGCAAGGCCGGAGCAAAGCAGAAGAUUAAGAAGACGAAGAGUCCCGAGGUUUCUGCUGUUGCUGAGCCUACGGAAGCUAUUGAGCCCAUUGAAGACCAGACGACAAUCGAAUCGCCUGCGCCUGCUAGUCCGGAGCUUGUGCUACAAGAACCAGAGUCUAGCCAACCAUCAGAACCAGCACUUGAAAGGAUUAUUUCAGUUGAAGAUUUUCUAGAGAAGGAGACUCCUUCGGCACCUUUAUCGCCUUCAAUACCUCUCGCAACAAUUGACAAUGAGGGAAAGCAUGAAGAAAAGCCAUCUGAGCCCUUGAAUGAGCAAAUAGUCGAGAAAGACGACCACUUUCGGGAUCACCGUGCCAACCCUCACGUUUAUCGCCGUGGCGGCCAUCCCAACAGCGUUGACGAAUACCUUGACGACCAUAACGACGACCAAGAGUCUCUGCCAACAACUCGCAGGGGAACACCCGAGCCCCCCUGGAGACCGACAAAAGGCAUUCGACAUAUGAAGAACUAUCCGGAGAGGACUCUCGUUGCAUCCCCUUUCACUCCCUUCUCUCCUACCCCGGCACUAGUGCCGCUUCCAUCGCCAUCUCUGACCGAAGCACGGUUUAUGUCGAGUGCCUCUCCCGAGGCCCAUUACUAUCCCUAUUAUCCACCUCCGCCCCUUCCAUACACGCCGUACGCGGCAUCCGUAUACUCUGCGCCUUAUUACCACUCUCCCAUUCCCAAGGUCAGCAGUCCAUUGGCUCGAUCUCAUUAUUCCUACGUAUCACCCGCCAUGUCCCCUACCGCUACCCCUCCGCCUCCGCCUGCAGCCCCAGCUGCUCCAGUUGCCCAGGCAGCCAUAAUGCCACCACCCCCUUCAGUCUCGCAAGGCUAUUCAACGGCUGUGCACUCCCCCGUCAUGAGCUCAGCAGGUAUUAUCCCGCCUUAUGGCCCUUAUACUCCGCCUCAGCCGCCAGAUAGCCACUAUAUGCAUCGGAGCUACAGUGUCUCUGACCAGCCCUAUGCCGCAUCAUUCCAAGCUAUUCAGAACCUUGGUCUAGGUAAUGGCCAGGUGCACGAGAACGGCACUAUUUCUCCACCUGAGAAUGACCAGGAGCAUAUCGAGCUGCUCCAACGCAUUCAAUCCGCCAUCCCUGACAUCAACCGUCUUCUCCAUGGGUUCCGCCACACCCAUACCAGACUCAACAGCCGCGAGGCUGAGAUCAAGCAAAUCGGCAAUCAACAUGAGCAAGCCCUCAUGCAUAAAGAUUUCUAUAUUGAAGCGCUGCAGUCACAGAUGAAGAAGACUGCCAACGAGAGCGCCGAAGAGUGUGCCAAGCUCAAGAACACUAUCAACGAGCUGCGUCUGGAACUUGGUGAUCUCCAGGAGAAGCAGAAGGAUCUUGAAGACGGCCUAGCUGGGCACCAAAAGUCCAAUGAGGAGCUUUCACAGAGCAAGUCUGAGCUCGAGGCGGAGAUUGAAAAGUUGAACGCGAGUAUCAAGGCUGCGCAGGAGACGCAUGAGAAGGAACUCGCGACACAGAAGGAAGAUCACGCCAAGGCUUUGACCACGCAGAAGCAGGAAUUGACUGAACUCUUUGAGGAGAUUAAGAACGAGGAUGAGAAGGCUGCUUCGGAGACGCUCGAGGCACGGGAGAAGGACCUACGGGAUCAGCUCGAGUCGACCAGGGAGGAGUGGGGAAAGGAGAAGAAGUUGAUGGAGGAUAUGCUAGAGUCGCAGCGUGGUGAACUCGAGGUUACCAAAGCAGAGCUUGCCUCCAAGAUUGCUAGUCUGGAGACUAAAGAGGCCGAGCUGGAGACGCAGUUGGCCGAGCUAAGCACCACCCGCGAUGAGGUCGCUUCCAAGGUUGCACUGUUGGAAGCGAAAGAGAAGGAAUUAGAGGAAACUCGCCAAAAGAGUGCGCACGAACUGGAGGCUCUUCAGCAGGGUCAUGCCGGUGAACAAGAUACUCUUCGGGCUGGUCAUACCAGCGAACUAGACUCUCUCCACCAAACUCACGAGGAGCAACUCGCCGCCGCCGCAAAGGACCUCAAUGAGAAGAUUGCUGCCAUUGAAGCACACUUCCUCGAGCAAGAGCAACACUGGGAGGCUGAACGGGCUGCGCUGCAGAAGCUCCUGGCCGAGAAGGAUGAAGAGUUGAGCAGUGCUGAGCGGGAGAAGGAUAAGCUGGAGGGCGAUGGGCUGAUCAAGGAGCAGCAGCUUCAGCGUGCCGUGGAAGAGAUGCGUUCGACGAUUGAUCAUUUGGGUCAGGAUUGUGAUCGACUGCGGAGGACGCUGCAAAGUCUAGGCGAGGCGACGGACCUCAAGACGACCAAGGGCGAUCAAUUCUUAAUGCCAACCUCUCAGAUCAUGUUCCACCACACCAGACUACUCUCAACACCACCAUAUAAAAAAUCACACAUCCUCUCCAAGAUCCCCUCCGAACUCCCCUCCUUCCUGGACAACACACCUCCCUCCCGCGCCCUCCGCGCCGCCUACGUCCAACACGUCGUCUCCAAAACCCUCACCUACCGCGUCUUCCAACCCUUCCUCUUCACCCUCGGCCGCCGCUACGACAAAGCAGACACCUUCUUCCAAAUGCUCUCCAUGGACAUCCGGCGGAAAUCCGUCCGCCGCGAAGCCUUCUGGCGCCAGCAAACCCUCAAAGCGGCAUACACCACCUCCGACGCAAAACAAUCCAUCAACGUCGCCGCCGCAGUCAUCGUCGACGAAAUCAUCGACCAUAUUCGCCACUUCGCCGAUCCCCGCCAACUCGAUUCCCUACUCACCGCCGUCCGGAAAAUCGUCAAGCUCGCUGCGGAAACGUGGCGCCAUGCCCGCGUCGAGCGCGAACUCGUCCUAGCUUCCUUCCCGGCUCCAGACGCUGAAGCCAUUGACAAUGAAGGUUGGACUGAGUACGCUGCCGCUGCCAAGGAGGAGGAGUCCACCCCCAAGCCGGAGCCGAGCCGGCACGUCGUGCUGCGGACGUUCCCGCGGGUAGUGCGUGAAGCGGCGCAUGAGGAUUUUGCGAGCGGUUCGGACCGCGCAACUUCGUGUAUGUAUUCGAGUGGUGAGGUGCUUUAUUCAGAUUCGCCGGUGGUUAUGGCGCGGUUGCAGGAGUUGGCGAAGAGGUCGGCGGAGACGUUGGUUGUGGUGGAAGACGAGAAGAAGGUGGAGGAUAAGGUAGAGAAGGUAGAGGAGCCUCCGCUGUCGCCGCCGAAGGCGCCCAAGGUGGUGGAGGAGGAGGUGAAAGUUGAGAUGGCCGCUGUGCCUGAGCUUGAGCCCACUCCAGUGGUGCGGAGUGCGACUCCAACGCCUGUGAAGAGUAGUCCACCCGUGCGGAGCGCGACGCCGGUAAGGAGUCCUACGCCCGUGAGGAGUCCCACCCCGGUGAAGGUUGGGGUGUCUUCGUCGGUGCCGGGGAGUCCGAGGGGGAAAGCCGUCCGUUGA